GGGAGAUGGGAAGGGUCCGGACCACCUUCAAACUGGGCAUGCUCAGUGGCAGAGCUAUUUUGGCUGGGACUGUGAGCCAGGACUCCAGGAUCCCUGCUCCCAGCCGCACUGCACAGCAACUACACAGCCUCCCUUCCUCAGGAGAGCCAGACGCUGCGACGCCCGCCCCCUGCAGUCUGCGUUGCGGCCGCCGGCCACCGGAGGGGGGCGAACCCACGUCAACCUGUUGUUUGUCCAGUCCCUAUUGAUCAAGUCAGCGCCACAAGGAAGUGCGGCACCCACACGCGCUCAGAAAGUUCAGCAUGCAGGAAGUUUUGGGAGAGCUGGGCCAGUAGCUGGGCGUCCCUGGCAGCUCUGGGCAGCGCGGGGCAGCGCAGGCGGUGAAGGCUCGGGGCUGCACAGUAGAAGUCCACCGGCCCAACCCCGUGGGCUCUAUUCAUUUAUUUUUGGAGCGACGCUGUCCCUAGGUCGCUGAUCCCAAAUGCACCGGCUCGUCUUAGUCUCCAUUCUCGUGUGCGCGAACUUUUGCUGCUUUCAGAACACUUUUGCGACUCCGCAGAGCGCAUCCAUCAAAGCUUUGCGCAAUGCCAACCUCAGGAGAGAUGAGAGAAAUCACCUCACAGACUUGUACCGGAGAGAUGAGAACGUUCGGGUGACAGGCAAUGGCCACCUGCAGAGUCCUCGCUUCCCCAACAGCUACCCGAGGAACCUGCUCCUGACAUGGCGACUCCAUUCCCAGGAGAAAACACGGAUACAACUGGCCUUUGACCAUCAAUUUGGACUAGAGGAAGCAGAAAAUGACAUUUGUAGGUAUGACUUCGUGGAAGUUGAAGAUGUCUCAGAAAGCAGUACCAUUGUCAGAGGAAGGUGGUGUGGCCACAAGGAGAUCCCUCCAAGGAUAACUUCAAGAACAAACCAGAUUAAAAUCACAUUCAAAUCUGAUGACUACUUUGUGGCAAAACCUGGAUUCAAGAUUUAUUAUUCAUUUGUGGAGGAUUUCCAACCUGAAGCAGCCUCAGAGACCAACUGGGAAUCAGUCACAAGCUCUUUCUCUGGGGUGUCCUAUCACUCUCCAUCAGUAACGGACCCCACUCUCACUGCCGAUGCCCUGGACAAAACUAUCGCUGAAUUCGAUACCGUAGAAGAUCUGCUUAAGUACUUCAAUCCAGCGUCUUGGCAAGAUGAUCUGGAGAAUUUGUAUCUGGACACCCCUCAUUAUAGAGGCAGGUCAUACCAUGACCGGAAGUCCAAAGUGGACCUGGACAGGCUCAAUGAUGAUGUCAAGCGUUACAGUUGCACUCCCAGAAAUCACUCAGUGAAUCUCAGAGAGGAACUGAAGCUGACCAAUGCAGUCUUCUUCCCACGAUGCCUCCUCGUACAGCGCUGUGGUGGCAACUGCGGUUGUGGAACUGUCAACUGGAAGUCCUGCACGUGCAGCUCAGGGAAGACAGUGAAGAAGUAUCACGAGGUAUUGAAGUUUGAGCCUGGCCAUUUCAAGAGAAGGGGCAAAGCUAAGAAAAUGGCUCUUGUCGAUAUCCAGUUGGAUCAUCAUGAGCGGUGUGACUGCAUCUGCAGCUCAAGACCACCUCGAUAAAACACUAUGCACAUCUGUACAUUGAGUGAAAGGACCUUUAGGUUAAGAAGAGAUGGUAUGGGACCCUUGUCCCACUCUAAGCAGCCCAAAUUGCUUCUAAUCUAUAGUGCAGUGAAUACAUAUGGAUAUGUUGCUUUGUUAGUGCCAUGACAAGAAGAAGCAUAUGCCACCAAUAUCUAUAUCCUUAAACAUAGGAAUUCACUUAUUAAUAGUAUGUGAAGAUGUGUAUGUAAUACCCAGAUACAUGUCUAGCUCGGUGUGUGCAAAUAGAUGAUAUACUUUAUUCAGUAUAUUUACUGAGGUCCUCCAGAGACAAAUGAUUCGAUUAUUACUUGAUAUUUUGCUAAAAUAAGAAAAUGUGUCAAACAUAUAAAACAUCUUUCAAAAAUUCAGAAGAUAAGUUUAUUUUAAAACUUUGUAUGACAAAAUGUAUCAGAUCUUGCUACCUUAAAGAAGACAUUUGUCCUUCAAAUGAAAGAUGAGACUUUCUUAUGUGUAUACCUUAAUUCUAUGAAGAAAAAUACAUAGUUUAUGGCAAUAAAAAAACCAAGUUUUAAAAUAUUUUCUUCAUGAGAUGCACUACUCAUCUACAAAUGUGGACAGUAAUUAUCUGUCUUCAUGACUAUACCAAAGUAAUACAGGAGAGUUAACAACCAAAUUAUUAAGUCCUCUUUUAUGUAUUUUCUCAAUGCAAGCUAAUUCACUGAGCACACUUCUCAAUGAAUUGCUCAGGGACUUGUGUUAAUAGACAAGCAAUAUUCAAUAGACAAGCAAUAGGUUGCUGCAGAAUUUUUAAAUUUUUUUUAUUCUAAAACAUGCAGAAAAGCACAUGCUUUUACGAAGUGCAUGACAUUACACCUGAGCCUUUCAACAUGAAAGUCAUGGCAAGACUUGGGUGAUAGAGAGUCAGAAGUAAGCAAAUAUUGACAUAACUGGAAAUCAAAUGGGCUGUUUAAUAAGGUCCACAUUUAAAAAAUGAGUCUAAGUCUUCUAAACUGUGCCAAUAAUUUUUCUGUGUUUUUCUCUUGCAGUUCUGUCUUUUCAAUAUAUGUACAUGAUCUUAUAUCAUAUUAUGCGAGACAAGUGAUUAUGGAAUUUAUAGCCUAAAAGUGUUUAUGUAUUAACAAAACUACUAGAGCCAGCUAUAAGUUGUGGAGACAUGCAUUUGGUUCUGCCAUCCCACUGGAAAGGUUUUUGUUCUGGUUAUGAAGAGGGAGAGUUAAGUUUCCUCAAUGGCUCUUCUAUAUCUAUUCUAAAGAGAUUGAUUCCAAAAAUGGGAAGGUGUUCAUUGCUCUCCAGACAAGAUGUUUAGGAGAGAAUCCUGAAGUCAAGUUGGCUUGGUUCUGCUCCCAGGAAACUAUAUUUUUCUUUCUGCCUUGAUUUCUUCUAUGAGUCCAACACUACCCUGAGCACAGAGUAUUUUGUUUCUGGAUCUGUGCACAGACUGCUUUGGUCCAGUGUCAGAUGAGUAGCUCAUACACACUUACAUUGCUAAGUAUGAUGUUGUCCAAGCCAAGUUAACAACUGUGUGCAACAAACCUGUCGUUACUGACACUUAUCUUCUAAAGGUUCUCUGCAAUCAAUUAUCUGUCGCCUCUACUUAAAUGAUUAUCAAAAUUAAAUAGUAUAUUGUUAAGUUGUCAAGCAUGCCACAGAACAAUGAGAAGCAAGCCAAGCCCACAAUCAAGAGCCAUUUUUCUCCCAUGGCCAUUUGGAAGCUUCCUGUGAAACAACGGCUCCGACACAAAAAACAAGCUAUGUAUUUCAUUACUCACGUAAAGGGCACAGCUCAACCAUAGCUGUGAAUAUAAAACAUUAGAGUGGUUUUUUUUUCAAUAAAUCUUCUAGGAGGCAGUAACCAAUUAAAGCCUUAUCUGUACUUUUUAUUUAUUAGCUGUAAUCUAAACAGACAUGUACUAUACAGCCUUUUCUUUUGUGAGCAUUUUAUUAAGCCCAAUCCCUUGGUUAUAUGCUCUCUGUUGCACAUCCAGUGUGUAAUAAAUAAAUCUUUCAUUGCCAUCUAAGGAGAAAGAAUAAAAAUAAACAAUUGAACAAGUUUUAUUUCAAAACAAACUAAUAAAUACACAGAUCUGCAUAGCCCACUCACUCAGAAUAAUACCUUUCAUUCAAUAUGGCCUUAUAGGGCAGAAAACGUUCGUAAGUGGAGGGCUUUUAUGAUUAUGUGUCAUAUCAGUAACAUGCAGCUUUUCCUCUCACAGUAUUUUCUAUAGAAAUGUAAUAUGCCUCUUAUCUUCAUAAAAAAAAAUAAAUACUGCUUUUGAACAAAACCACUCUAUUACUUAGUUCUGAAUUUCAAUUUUAAAAGCUAUGCAAUAUUAUAAAGGUACUUUCACAAGUGCAUCUAACGAGAGUGGCAAGGUGGGAGAUAUUUGAGAGGAGAGGCUCCUGAUCUGAGCCCACAGACCUCCGUGUUGUCUGCCUUCCAACUCAGGCAGCCAUUGCUCAUGCUUCCUUGUUGGUAGUCUUGGGUCUUAUGUUUUGUUCUUCAGUCAGCCUUUCAGUGAAGAUGUUGCUCACCUAAGUAAGAGUGUUCCCAUCUUCUUCAUCACAGUCUCAUCUCUCUUACCCACUCUUCCCUGUACUUAUGGCUGGACACCCAGCUGAUGGGUCACUGCUGCCUGUUUAGAGAAACCAGCUCUGAUCCCUCCCCCUGAGGGAGCAUAGACCAUGACCAUAAAGAGGACUCUUUUCCAUGCAACAACACUUGACUUCAGGUUGUUCUUUGUUGUCAUUCUGCUGGAGACAGAAUGGUGGCCGCUGCAGAGACUGUAGCAACCUUGCUUCUAGCUUGAUAGCUACAGAUGGUUUGGAGAAUAGGUAGGUACAGAAAUGUGUGUGUUAAAUGACAAGAACUUUACCAGCAGAAAUAUGAGCUAAUACGUUAACCAAGGGGUUGGAAUUGGGAAAAGAUUAAGCAGUACUAUGUAAAGACAAUUAAUUCAGAUAGCUUGGAAUUUUAUGUGAUGCAUCAUGAAAAUGAUAUGCAAAACAUUUAAUGUAAAGGCAUUAAGAAUUUAAUUCCAUCUCCUAAAAUGUACAUGUGUCCAGUUUUACUCCACUACUAACUCCACAGAUGUCCAAAUGGCUCAUAUUUUCAAAGGAUCUUCUGGUACAACAUUAAAUUAAAAUGUACAGAUUUGUAAUCAUUCCAGAAAUCCUAGAAAAUGCAUUUUUGUUUAUUGGCAUUUCCUACAAAACAUGCUGCAAAACAGAAUAUUUAUAACACAUUGCGUUUAUUGGCAUUCAUGAAACCCUGUUGUUUUUAAAUAUCAGGUUCAACACUGAAGAGGUCUACAAAAUAGAGAAGACCCCUAAGAUUUGUCAAAUGAAAAUAGGCAUUACUAGGUAAAGAGCGAGUUGCUUAAUUUAAGUUUAUUUUGUUCUGUUUAUUUUGGGGAUGUAUACUUUGUUCAUUUGUUUGUUUGUUGUUAAAAUUAUAUUUUUCUUUUUUUCUUUUAUUGAAAAUAGAUUUUUUUAUAGAAUAUAUUCUGAUUACAGUUUCUCCUCCCUCUACUCCUCUUAGUUCCUUCCCACCUCCCCUCCCAUCCAGAUCCACCCCCUUUCUGUCUCUUCUUAGAAAACAAACAGGCAUCUAAGAAACAUUAAUAAAAUUAAAUAAAAUGUGAUAUGUUAAAAUGAAAAACAAACGAAUCAGGAUACAACAAAACAAACAGAAGAAAAAGAGCCAAAGGAAAGGGACAAGAAACACAUAUACACACAUGAAUCUUGUUAAAAAAUAAAGACAAAUCUGGAAGCAAUAAUAUAUGCACAAAGGACCAAUAUAGUUUUUUAAAAAGAAGAAUUUCCUCGCUCAAAAUUAUGAGACAAAGAAUCCUCAAAGAUACCUUUGAGUUAAUUUUGUAUUGGUCAUCUACUGCUGGGCACAUAGUCUACCCUUAAGAGUAGUUCAUUUCCCCAGUGAGAUUCCUCUGGAGAAUACUUAUUUUCAUUUUCAAGUGGUUAUCAACUAGAGAGAGCCUCUAGGUUAAGGAUGAGGAUGUGUGUCCACUUCUCUACUCAAUACUGGGACCCCAUCUGAUACAGACUCUGUGUAUGCUGUCACACAAUCUCUGUGAGUUUAUAUGUGCAUCAGUCAUGUUGUGUUUAGAAGGCCUUGUCUCCUUGGUACCCUCCUUUUCCUCUUACCCUCUUACUGCUUCCUCUUCUGAAGAGUUCUCUGAGCCCUGAAAGGAGACAUUUGAUGGGGACGUCCCAUUUAGGGCUGAGUGUUACGAGGUCUCUCAGUCUAUGUGCAUUGUCUCACUUUGGAUCUCUGUAUUUGUUCCCACCUGCUGCAAGAGAAAGCUAUGAUACUGGCUGAGUAAACUACUGAUCAUUAGGAGUCAUUUUGUUUGUAUGUUCCUUUAGCAGAAGAAUAGUAUUCUGUUUUACCCUAGGUCCCUGUGCUAUCUAGUCUUAGGUUAUUGACCACCCAAGUGUGGUCACGUAUGGUUUCUAUCUCAUAGGGUGGACAUAAAUAAAAUCAUAUAUUGACUG